GGAACUUGUCCUUAUUCAAAGUAUAACCUUUCUCAUUGUUACUUCAACUGUCAAAUGAGGUUGAUGAGAGUAUUCCUGUUGAUAGGGGUUAUCUUUUGAAUUUAGCUUCGUUCACUAUUGGGCUAAGAAUUUUUUUUUAAACAUUGUUCUAUUCUUUUUUGUUUUCCUAUUAUUUAUUUAUUAUUUUUUUAAUGGAACCUAGAUUCAGUGGUGUCUUACAGCUUACAGAUUUAGAUGAUUUUAUUACACCAUCCCAAGAAUGUAUUAAACCAGUCGAAAUAAAGAAGACAUCGAAAGGGACUGGAGCAAAAAUUAAAAUAGAAGAUGAUGGCUCAUAUGUCCAUGUUGAUCCAACGGGACAGAAAUCUAAGUUGACUAGGGUGGACAUAUCUUUGACAGAUUGUUUGGCUUGCAGUGGUUGUAUUACCACAGCGGAAACUGUACUUAUCAAUCAACAAAGUCACCAUGAAAUGUUAAGGAUCAUUACAAACAAAAAGGAGGAAGGAUAUGAACUGGUUGUGAUGUCACUUUCUUUGCAAGCUUUGCUUUCUAUGUCUUCACAUUCUAAUUUGAAACCUGAUGAUUGUCUCAGAAAAUUUACUGGGUUUGUGAAACGCUUGGGUGUGGAUCUUGUUCUGGAUAUGGGAUUAGCUGAAGACUUAGCUCUUGUCGAAGAAUCAAAGGAAUUUAAUGAUCGAUAUUUAAGAGCCAAAGAUGGCGAUAAAACUGCAUUACCAAUGUUAGCAUCUACUUGUCCCGGUUGGGUUUGCUAUGCUGAAAAAACCAAGCCACAGUUACUUCCACAUUUGAGCACAUGUAAAUCUCCUCAGCAGAUUAUGGGAUUUCUGGUGAAAAACGUUCUUUCAACUCAAAGAGGAUUAUCUGGAAAAGAAAUCUAUCAUAUUUGUUUUAUGCCUUGCUACGAUAAGAAACUUGAAGCAUCAAGGCCUCAAUUCAGUGAAAAUUCAAUACCUGAUGUGAACUGCGUCAUAACUCCAGUUGAAAUGGAGGUUGCCUUGGCAGAGCUUUGCCCAAACGGCCUCGCUGAGGAGUUGGGGGCAGAAGUGGACUGGCCUUGGGAUGGCUUGCCGGCGUACCCUCCGCUGGCUAAGGCUCUUGGUUCUGGCUCUGGUGGCUAUGCUUAUCACGUCAUGAAGACUGCUAAACCUCCUUCUCAAGAAUAUGUGCCAUCUUUUGAAUCUGUGAAGAGAUCUGAUAUUGUAGUGGCACAACGUGACAAUGAGGAUGGCAAGCAAUUGAAAGCUGCGGUUGUUACUGGUUUUAAAAAUAUUCAAAAUACUGUUAACAAACUUAAAAGAGGAAAAUGUGAAUAUGAUUAUGUCGAAAUCAUGGCAUGCCCAUCAGGUUGUUUAAAUGGAGGUGGGCAAGUGAGAGGUCACCUAAAAUCUGUUCAAGAAUUUCACGGAUCAAUGCCAGCUCGCGAUCCUCCGGAAUCGGUAUUUCAGUUCUACAACAAAUGUUUUCCAGCCACUAGUGAUUUGCAUACUACUUUUCAAGCAGUUACGUAUAAUCCUAAUCCACUUACUGUAAAGUGGUGAUGAGUGCAAUGCAAUAUUUUUUUAAUAGUAAAUAAUGUCAUUUGUUAUAUAAAUUGUUUUUAUUAAGUUUUUCA